AUGCGAAUAGUUUUUUCUCGACAUCUCCACACAUCCACAUAUUACUAUAGAGCCGCAAAACCCCCUGAAUCGGCGCUUCGAGACAUUGCCAAUCUCAAUAAGAAGAAGAAUGAGACUCCGUUUCGUGAUGAAGCUAUUGAACCGGUCAAAAAGGAGACUAUGGAUUAUAGGGGUAAGAUUUUGACAUUAUUUUAGUUAUUCAUUUAGGUCCAAAGGCAAAUUGUGCGGUGUUUGGAGCAGGAUUUACCAAGACUGGUGCUCUUGGUUUCUCCAAGUUGGUAACACACAAAGAAAUGCCUGAGAUGAAAAAUCGGCCUCUGAGGAUAGGAGCGUUGAAUAGACGAAGUAUCCGGAGGGUGGCCGCAGGCCUUGGAUUUUCUUUGUUCGCAUCACCUUCUCGUAUCUAUGGAAGUGGUUUAAACAAUUUUUAUCAGCUUGGAGGUCCUCCCAGGAGUCCUACAAAAUUGUGAGUUCAGUUCAUUUUCUUUUUUAUUUUUUUAGGUAUCUAAAUUGGAAUUGAUCCAAUUAUAAUAUUUUUCGUCGGAAAUGUAUCAGUUAUAAAUUUUCAGUCGAUCAGAAGUCUACUACAUCUCUCCCACUGAGAUUCAAAUCCCAGAUCGGCCCAGAAUUCUUAGUAUUUCCUGCGGACGUCUUCAUUCUUUGAUCGGAACCUCUGAUGGUGUCUAUGCUCUCGGUGAUAAUGCUCAUGGUCAAUGUGGUCAAGACCCAGCCCAUUUUGAGCAAGUCACACAUUCGAUUAGUGACAUUUCCCUUCCUCGCGUGCCUGUUCCUAAUCAUUCUCCUGUGAAGCAAGUCCAUUGUUUGCUGGAUUCCUCCUUUGUUCUGUUGGAAAAUGGAGAUUUGUAUUCGUUUGGGUUGGGAACUGAUGGCCAAUUGGGAACGGGUAAUAUGGAUAUUGAGUCUUUGCCUACGAAGGUCAAUUUGCCGCCAAUUCGACUUGUUGGCGGCUCAACGGAUACUGUUAUGGCAGUCGAUUAUGAUGGUAAGGUCUAUUGAGAAUAUGAUUAAUUUAGACAAAAUUUUUAACUUUUUUUUGGAAACGUUAUUAUUUUAUUUUUCUGUUUAGGCAAUCUGUUCAUGUGGGGACAAAAUGAGUACAAUCAAUUGGCCGAAUUCACAGAAGAGCCUCAGUUAUGUUAUCCAUUUCAAGUUCCAUUCAAAUUUGAUAGCCCAGUCCGUUCCGCGCAUGCCACAGCUACUUCUUGCAUCGUAUCGACGGAAAAUGGGACUGUUUACACAUGGGGAUCAAUGAUUUUGGGAUCGGGCCCAUUGUUGAAGGAGUCGAAACGGCCGAUUGAACUGUCGCCAAACCUUUUUGCUGAUGCUCGAGGCAGAAAUUCAAAGGUAAGGGGUUAAAAAUUUGAUUUUUAUCGGCCUGUGAGAUCAAAGAUGUAUUGUAAUUUUUUGGCAGUGGGAGGAAGACUUGACCAAAAAGUAUUUUUGGGUCAAGUGUUCCCCUUUAAAGUGAAUAGUGCAAAUACUUCGUAUUUUAGGUCCGACGAGUAUUCGCUGGCAACGCGACGAUGGCAGCGAUCAAUGAAGCUAACCAACUUUUUGUUUGGGGAGCAAAUCGACAUCAAGCGCUUGCCCUGGGAAACCCGAAGGAUCAGCUUUUCCCACUGCAAGUAUACCUCCCAACCGAUGUAAAAUCGAUAUCCAUGUCACCAACUCACACUUUAUUCUUGGCAGAGACGACCUGA